AUGGCGGACGCUCUUGCUUCACAACUUCAGAAUACCACUCUCAGGGACGGCAAGCCAGAGGCUAGACUUCAGGACACCCUGAAGCUGCCACCCAAGGAUGCUCGCCCUCAGACUGAGGACGUCACGGCUACCAAGGGCCUGGAGUUUGAGGAUUUUUACAUUAAGCGGGAACUGAUGAUGGGAAUCUUCGAGGCUGGUUUCGAAAAGCCCUCCCCCAUCCAGGAGGAGACGAUACCCGUUGCUCUCACUGGCCGAGACAUCCUGGCCCGAGCAAAGAACGGCACAGGCAAAACCGCCGCCUUUGUGAUCCCCACACUGGAGCGCAUCAACCCGAAAAACACAAAGACCCAGGCAUUGAUCCUCGUUCCGACACGAGAGUUGGCUCUCCAGACCUCGCAAGUGUGCAAGACAUUGGGGAAGCAUCUGGGUAUCAAUGUCAUGGUUACUACUGGCGGUACCGGCCUGAUGGAUGAUAUCAUCCGGCUCAACGACGCUGUUCACAUCCUGGUUGGCACCCCUGGUCGAGUCCUUGACCUCGCUUCCAAGGGCGUUGCCGACUUGUCUGAGUGCCCAACCUUUGUGAUGGACGAGGCAGAUAAACUCCUGUCUCCCGAAUUCACUCCCGUCAUCGAGCAGCUGUUGUCAUUCCACCCCAAGGAUCGACAGGUCAUGCUCUUCAGUGCCACUUUCCCCAUGAUCGUCAAGUCUUUCAAGGACAAGCACAUGCGCAAUCCCUACGAGAUCAAUUUGAUGGACGAGCUUACUUUGCGUGGUAUCACCCAGUACUACGCCUUCGUGGAAGAGAAACAGAAGGUCCACUGCCUCAACACCCUGUUCUCCAAGCUGCAGAUCAACCAGUCAAUCAUCUUCUGCAAUUCCACCAACCGUGUCGAACUCCUCGCAAAGAAAAUCACCGAGCUGGGUUACUCAUGCUUCUACUCGCACGCCAAGAUGCUCCAGCAACACCGUAACCGCGUGUUCCAUGACUUCCGCAAUGGCGUGUGUCGCAACUUGGUGUGCUCUGACCUGCUCACCCGUGGUAUCGAUAUUCAAGCAGUCAACGUCGUGAUCAAUUUCGAUUUCCCCAAGAACGCCGAGACUUAUCUCCACCGCAUCGGUCGUUCCGGUCGUUUCGGUCACUUGGGCCUGGCCAUCAACUUGAUCAACUGGGAAGAUCGUUUCAAUCUGUACAAGAUCGAGCAGGAGCUGGGCACUGAGAUCCAGCCCAUCCCUCAGAACAUCGACAAGAAGCUCUACGUGUACGACUCUCCUGAGAACAUCCCUCGCCCAAUCUCGAAUCCCGCCCAGCCGAUGAUCGCGGGCCCCCAGCAACCUGGCCUUGGUGAUCGCCAGCCUCGCCGCCAGCAACAUCAUCACCAGAACGGCGGCCAUUACUACAAUGGCAACAACAACCGGGGUCGCGGUGGUGCCUAUCGCGGUGGUCGUGGUCAGGGUCCCCGACGUGGACCGCAGCAGCACGAUGCUACAAACGUAGCUCUCGCACCGAGCCAAGUUGGCCCCAAGCCUCCAGCGCCGAUGUCCUAG